AGCCGAGGGGAGGGAGAGGCCGGUUCGGGUCUGGCCGUCACCGCUGCUUGCCUGAGGUGUCCGGCCGGGCAGCGGCUCCGUCUCGGUUCCUGGUACCGUCUGCGAGGCCCCGCCGAGCCAGCGUGGGAGGGCCGCAGGCGGCAGGCGCCGCAUCAUGUCAGCCAAGGACGAGCGGGCCAGGGAUAUCCUGAGAGGCUUCAAACUAAAUUGGAUGAACCUUCGGGACGCUGAAACAGGGAAGAUACUCUGGCAAGGAACAGAAGACCUGUCUGUCCCUGGUGUGGAGCAUGAAGCCCGUGUGCCCAAGAAAAUCCUCAAGUGCAAGGCAGUGUCUCGAGAAUUGAACUUUUCUUCUGCAGAGCAAAUGGAAAAAUUCCGCCUGGAACAAAAAGUUUACUUCAAAGGGCAAUGCCUAGAAGAGUGGUUCUUCGAGUUUGGCUUUGUGAUCCCUAACUCCACAAAUACCUGGCAGUCCUUGAUAGAAGCAGCACCUGAGUCCCAGAUGAUGCCCGCCAGCGUCCUAACGGGCAAUGUCAUCAUAGAGACAAAGUUCUUUGACGACGACCUUCUUGUCAGCACGUCCAGGGUGAGGCUUUUCUAUGUCUGAGAGAAGAACUUGUGUGCACUUCAAGAAUUUGGAAUGGGGGCAGGAGGAAGCAUCACUUUUUUCCUCCACACAUUUGAUUUUUGAUACUCCAGCUGAUUCCUUCAACACAGAACCCACCUGUGGCACCAGGAAACCAGCUCUGUAUAGGUAGCCAGUUGGCUUUUUCUCCCAAACCUCCAUCUUCACUGACAAGACUAAACUCCUAACCCAGCCAAGGGCAGGGACAAGCCUUGACUCCUUCCUGGUGCGAGCAUGGGGACAGACCCAUACCAGGAGCCACACUGCGUCUGUCACCUGCCCCACCUCCUUGGGCCCUACAGGCUUCCUUUGGCCUCUGGUUUUGAAAAAAUUUACCUUUCUGACCCAUUUAGUUCUUUUCCUACCACCUCUAUUUCAUACAUUCUCCUACCUUUAACUUGUAAAAUAGACGAUGAUAUUAUUAUUACAUAAUGUAAUUAAAGCAUUAAAAUAUUCCUACAGUCUUUAGCAUG